GUUUUAUUAGUUCAUACAUUGAGCACUAGACAAUAUAAAAUUAAGUGAUAACCAAUUUUUUUUUCUUUUCUUUUUUGCAAUAGUCAAAUUAAAUAAAUCAAUGGAUUUGAUUAAUUUCUAAAAAUAGUAUGGUCUAAAUUGAAAACUAUCAUAGUCGAUAGUCGAUAUAAUUUUAUGGUAGCCAUUAAAAAGUAUUCCGGGUAUGCAUAGGUAGAAAUUAGAAUAAAUAACAAUAGUGUUACACGUAUAAGCACCUCAUUCUAGUUUGCAUGCAUGGUGACACCUAUACGUUCAUUUCAUCACCUUUCCUCCAUUAUAAAACAUACAUACUAAAUUCCAAAAGCGGCAACCAUUUUCUAGCAAAGUAAAAAAAAAAAUUAAAAACAAUUACAAAACCAAAAAAUAAACCAGUAAAAAUUUCCAGAAAUAAAAAUGUCUGGAAAAAACAACAAUAGUACUUACACUAGUAUUGACAAAACCAACCUCUUAAGCCAAGAAAUUGACGAAGAAAACCAAAUGUUUAGAAGAAGAAGAUCCGAUGAAGAUGGUUAUGAUGAUGAAAGGGCCCAAAAUGAAGAAAGGCCCAAGCCCAAAGGCCCAACAUGGAAGGGAGAGAGUGCAAAAAGUGUUGUGUAUGGAGGGUUAGAUGCUAUAGUCACCUGUUUUUCACUUAUCUCGUCGAUCUCUAGUGGUGGCAGUAUGUCAUCUGUCGAUGUUUUGGUGUUAGGAUUCGCGAAUCUAGUGGCCGAUGGGAUUUCUAUGGGGUUUGGGGAUUAUUUGAGUAGCUCUACUGAGAAGGAGAUGGCUUCUAAAGAAAGAGAUGUAACACAAUGGGAGGUUGAUAAUCAUGGUUUGUCACAAAUUACGAAUUUGGUUAAGCGGUAUCAAGAGCUUGGUAUGGAUCCCCAAGAUGCUAAUACGGUGGUAGAAAUAUUUUCGAAGUACAAAAAUAUAAUGGUGGAUGAGAAAAUGAUGGGACAAAAGGGGAUAAUGCCACCAGACCAAGAGGAGAAGCCAUGGAAGAGUGGGUUAGUCACCUUCACUUCCUUCCUAGUAUUUGGAUGUGCUCCACUUCUAUCAUUUAUCAUCCUGAUCCCGUUCACCAACAACGAUACCAUCAAGUUCAUCGGCGCUUGCAUACUGUCCGUCCUCGCCCUCACUCUUCUAGGACUCGCAAAGGCGAAGAUCUCCGGUGGAAGUUAUACGCUUUCGGCUCUUAUGACUGUUUCUAAUGGUGUCAUUGCUGCUGCUGUUGCUUAUGCCAUUGGAUGGAGUCUUAGAAAUCUUGCUGGCCUAGAAGAGCCUUAGUUUUAUAUGUGAACUCUUUGAAGCUAUGCUAAAUUUUUUUCAACUUGUAUUAUAUUUGGGGGAAAUGAAGCUUUUUGGCUAGGCUUUUGAAAAUUGCACUAUAAAGUUUCAAUCUUGAUUCUUAUGUUGUGAGAUGAAAAUAUUUGUGCUUCUAAUUAUACUUCUACAUAUACUACACUACAAUAACAUUGGUCAUGUGGUGUUACUUUAGGAAAAUCGACUGAUGAGAAUUGUAGUGACGCGGCUAGUAUUUAAGAUUCUAACCUUGUGAAUGUAGUACU